GUACAGGACAAAAAAUUUCCAAAAUAAUUUCCUUUUUAAAAUAAUUUCAAUUAAAAUUCAGUUUUUAAAUUAAAUAAAAAAUACAAUUACAUAUAUUUAUUAAACUCAAUAGAUUCUCAUUCAAUAUUAUUGAAUUGAAACAAAAAACUGUCCAAAAAAACUCCGACCAUCUACAAGAAAAGAAAGAAGAAAAAAAAAACCUGCACAUGCCACUUGCACGUGCCCCUAAUUGAAAAAUUGCACUGUUUUUUUUCAAUUGAUUUCCUUCGAUUUACACUAUAGAAAGGUGUAUAUAGUUUCUUUUUUUUUUUGUAUUGUUAAUUUUAACAAAAAGCAUGUCUUUAUAAAGCAAAAUUCUAAAAAUCAAUAAAAAUCCAAUCUUUCUUAAAAAAACAAUGGCAAAAAGCAAAUCCAUUGUUUAUCUUGGUUAUGAAGAUGAAGAGGUCACCGAAAAGCAUAGGAAUCUCAUGAAUAGUACUGUCAAUAAAAUUGGAGGAUGUCCUGACUGGCCGGUUGCCGAUAUUAAAGUUCCAAAUUGUCCAAUCUGUAGCUCAGUUCGUCCAUUGCUUGUUCAAUUAUAUGCUCCUCUAGAUAAUUCCCAAUUCCAUCGCACUUUGUAUGUGUUUGCUUGCUUGCAUCCUUCUUGUUCAAGCUCGAGCAAAGGAUGGCUUUGUUUACGCACUCAAAAUCUAGACACGUCCCACUGCGACAUUGAAUCUGCCGCAGCGGCAGGUAAUAAAAAUAAGAAAUCCUCCUCGGCUGCGCAAAAAAUGUCCUGGUGCAGCGGAGUUGAUGAUUGGGGUGACGAUGCUGAUGAUUUCAAUCAGAAUGAGGAAAAUGGAAAUGUGAUAAAAAUGGACAAUUCGAGAUUGUCCGAUGACGAAGAUGAAAGUAAUUCAAUGGAAAAUGAUUUAAUUUGUGCUUUGGACAAUUUGGAUGUUGAUGAUAAGAAUGCAAAUUGUAAUGGAGCACAAGGAGAUGGUGGUGGUGGUGGCGGAAAUGGUUGUGGUGCAGGAGUUGGUGCUUUUGGCACUGUCAAUGUUCAGAAUUGUUGUGCUGAAAUUGAAGGUGGCGAGUCGGAUGUUGUUUUGGUGGAAACACCUCAAAUACCAGAACGUAAUUUGAUGGCUUUGUUGAAAGAAAGUGGAACGGAUCCGUGUAAAAUUACUGAUCCAACAUUGAGAAGUUUCUUUUUGGCUGUGGAUGAGGAGAGAAGUGUUUCAUCGCCAACAAAUUAUUUUGGAUUGACCGAUCAUGUGCGGGAUUUGUAUCAGGAAUAUAAAAAGUUGGAAGAUUCUUUGGGAAGUUCAAGUCCAGUGACUCCGCCAACUGGAUCGGGUAUUGGUGGAAGUGGUGGGAAUGAUGGAGCUGAAGGGGAGUUGUAUGAAAAGGGGAUACCCGUUCAUGGGGAUAUUAUGUUUCAUAAUUUCUUGUCUAGUAUACAAGCUAAUCCGGGACAGUUGAUAAGAUACUCACGUGAUGGCCAUCCACUAUUAAUAGCACCACUAACUGAACCAAUACCAAAAUGUCCAAAUUGUGGUGGCGAAACGGUCUGUGAAGUUCAAAUACUAUCCACGCUCAUUCCCAAACUACGAAUGCAACAAAACGAUGAUGCCGCUCCAAUUGAAUACGGAAAUGUCCUGGUUUUUACAUGCCUCAACAGUUGCUGGGAUACACCUGACAAAAUGCGUUACGAAAACAUAAUUGUUCAAAAGGAAAUCUAAAUGCUAAUUUUUUAAUUUAAUUAACAUUUCCAUAACUAAAAGACAGUACCUAGAAUGCUUUUUAGUAAACUUAUCUAGUCAUUUAUUUUUAUGCAUUUUUCUAUAUCUGCUUUGGGGGCAGGUCCUUGUAUGCUAGAUAGAUUGUAAAUGCACAUCUUAAUUUUUUUUUUCUAACAGAAAAUUGCACACUCAAAAGUGCUUUGUCAAUUAAAUAACUAAAAGAACAUCAUAAAUAUUUUUAUGAGUAGAAACUAAAAAUUAAUAAUAUUUUGAUGGAACAUAUCGUUUUUUAUUAUUUUUCUUUUAUUAACCAAAACAAAAAAAAAAGAAUAUGAGGGGAAAUAGAAAAGUAAGAAAACAGCAAUAGGCUGAAAUGAGUGAUGUUCGUUUAAGAAAAAAAAAAAAGAAACUAUGCAACGAUUGAUGAUUGCAUGUGAAAGUGAUUUUUGAAAGUAAAAAACAAAAUAAAAACGUAUAUUUACAGAAUUGUAUUGUAAAACACGAAGGAAAUAAAAUACCGUGUCAAAGUUUAAAGCAUUGAUGCUAAAUGAUAAAUAUAAUUAAAUAUAUUUCUUCCACUAUGUAGAUUUCUAUUUACACCACAAACAAAAAAAAAAAAAACCUAACAAUUAUAUUCAGAA